AUGGCAAGUAGUAGUGGCAACAUUUGUACUGAACGUGUGCAGGGUAAGGUAGAAGAUGAAUAUUUAUGUUCUAUCUGCCACAAUCUCAUAUGGAAACCAAUUGCUUGUAAAAACUGUGAUAAUGUGUUUUGUACCUCAUGUAUUCAACAGUGGACAAAUAACAAUUCAUCUUGUCCAUUUCGAUGUCCACAGUUUGAAGAAAAACGUUGUCCACCAAUGAUCAAUGCUCUACUGUCAAAACUAAAUAUUAAAUGUAAAUUUAUUGGAAAUGGUUGUGCCGACGUUCAUCUGUAUGAUUCAAUUGAAAAACAUGAAAAAAAUUGCCAGUAUCAACAGUUAAAAUGCCAAGGUUGUUCAGAUCUAGUGCUGAAAAAAGAUCUGACUAAACAUGAAUUAGUCUGUGCAGAAGUUAAAGUGGAAUGUAUAAAAUGCAAAUACAUCUACAAACAACAUGAUAAACAUGAGCUCGUAGAAUGUUUGAGCAUUCGACUAGAUAUAGCUGAGAGAAAUGCUCAAUCAAGUAGAGGAAAAAUUGAAAAAUUGGAAAAAAUGGUUGAAAACCUUGAAACGAUCUUACAUGAACAUAAAUUAAUAUGUCCUCCGUUGAAUCAAAUUCUUCAGAAUAUACCACUGUCGUCAUUAGAAAAGAAUUGGUAUAUUAUAUAUGAUCAUCCGUACAGUUGGAUAACAACAACUGAGGAAUUACGUCAGUUGUACAUAAAAUGUAUUGAUAAACGAAUAUUGGUUGGUGCUAUAAAUGGAUCAUCUUCAACUGUUCUGGCAUUAGCUGCUAUUGGCCCGUCUAGUAUUUUACAGCUUGAAACUCAUGUUAAUGGAUCCAUGCAUUAUAGCAAUGUCUAUUGGUAUCUCGCUUCUAAUAAGGCAUUUGGAUUUUCACCAUCACCGAUAGUAAAUCCAUAUAAUGCAGAUACAGCAAGUACGGAUGGCGAUAAACGUCUGAGCUGGUAUUUGUCUCGGGGUGUUGGUGGAUACAGAGCUGGUACGGCUAUAGAUCUUCUGAAUGAUAAUAAUUGGCGUAAACUUAUAAUGACAGAAAAAUGA